AUGGAGAGGAUGCAGGUGUUGUCUGUUCAGGUUUUAGGAGGGACAUUCAUCCUGCAGCACUCCUCAGGCUCAUCCAGAAAGACCGAAACGCGUACCAACUCUGCUACCUUCAACAUUGUCCAAGUGGACUUUCACAAUGAAGGAUCAUACCAGUGUCAGUAUAAGAUAACAGUUGCAGGUCAACACUUCACCUCCUCAAGUGACUCGGUCAGCCUCUCUGUGAGCCUCCCAAAACCUCGCAUAUCCAUGAAUCCUGUUGGUGAGGUUACCUGGGGUCAAGACGUUGGCAUCACUUGUUUGAUCUCAACUCAGGUUUUAGGAGGGACAUUCAUCCUGCAGCACUCCUCAGGCUCAUCCAGAAAGACAGUAACACGUACCAACUCUGCUACCUUCAACAUUGUCCAAGUGGACUUUCACAAUGAAGGAUCGUACCAGUGUCAGUAUCAGACAAGGAGUCCAAGUCAAGACUUCAUCUCACCCCAAAGUAACGUUGUCAGACUCUCUGUUUCUGUGCCGCUGCAGCAGCCCAGCAUCUCCCUAACAUCUCCUAACAGAGGGCUGGUCUGGGGCCCUGAAGGUGCACAGAUCACCAGGGGUUUCAGCUUUGUCUUCACCUGCUCCACUUCCUCCCAUUAUCCUGGAGGUGUUUUCCAUCUCAUCUUCUCUGGUUCAAACCUCAUCAACACAGAGCCAGCAGUCAAACAGUCAGCCUCCUUUUCCUUCCCCGUGGCUGAGUAUGAACAACAGGGAAACUACAGCUGUGUGUAUGAAGUCACGCUGUCCUCGCGAACAUUCACUUCUACACAGACAGCACCGAUUAGUGUCGUCAUUAAAAUGCCGCUGCAGCAGCCCAGCAUCUCCCUAACAUCUCCUAACAGAGGGCUGGUCUGGGGCCCUGAAGGUGCACAGAUCACCAGGGGUUUCAGCUUUGUCUUCACCUGCUCCACUUCCUCCCAUUAUCCUGUAGGUGUUUUCCAUCUCAUCUUCUCUGGUUCAAACCUCACCAACACAGAGCCAGCAGUCAACCAGUCAGCCUCCUUUUCCUUCCCGGUGGCUGAGUAUGAACAACAGGGCAACUACAGCUGUGUGUAUGAAGUCACACUGUCCUCGCGAACAUUCACUUCUACACAGACAGCACCUAUUAGUGUCGUCAUUAAAAUGCAUUUGUUGCCGCUGGUCUCUUCAGUAGCUGCUGGGGGUCUGCUGCUGCUCCUGCUAGUCUUGGUGGUGGUCUGUCUGGUCUGCAAGAGGAGACGACGAGCCAAGCACACUGGAGCCCUCGUCCAAACUCAAUUGGCUGUCAGAGUCAGGAAUGAUUCUGUAGAUAAGGAGUAUGACGACGAGUCUGACUAUGAAAAUGUUGAGCCAAUGGACACCAAGAAGAAUCUUAAAGAGGAAGCAGGGAAAGGGGAGGAAGAGGAGACCAAUGAUUAUGUGGAGCCAGUGAGCGAUGAAGAUCAUGAUUAUGAGGAAGCGGACCCAAGGGCAAGUAUUAUAAAGACCAACAAGGUCUAUUUCAGCGUAGAGGAAAACAGAGAAGAAGAAGAAGAUGAUGAAGAUGACUAUGAAAAUGUUGAUCCAAUGGACACCACGAAGAAUCUUAAAGAGGAAGCAGGGAAAGGGGAGGAAGAGGAGACCAAUGAUUAUGUGGAGCCAGUGAGCGAUGAAGAUCAUGAUUAUGAGGAAGCAGGCCCAAGUGCAAGUAUUAUGAAGACCGAUGUCUAUUUCAGCGUAGAGGAAAACAUAGAAGAAGAAGAAGAAGAAGAUGACUAUGAGAAUGACUAUGAAAAUUAA